AUGGAGCAUGCUCCCUGCCACCUCAAAACUUGUGAAUGUACUACCCCGGCCCUUUUUCUUCUGCAUAUUAAUGAUAUGUUGCAACUAAGCAACAUUCAAAGCACUGGGGAUACUCUACACACGGGCUGUGGAGAUAUUUGUCGGACAGUUGUUGAUCAGUAUCAGAACAAACUUGUGUCUGAAGUUCUGAUAAGUGGAGUCUCGAACUGGGGUCGACUUAACAUUCUUUGCCUUUGUUACUACUCCUCUCUUCGAAGACACCCUCGUUAA